AUUAACACUGCCCUCUUGUGGUUCCACCUGUGCAGGACCGUUUAGGAACAACAAUAACAGCACAGUAGGAAGGAAACUAGAUCAACAUGAACUCGACACGUAAAAUAGUCAGCAAAACGGAACUACUGGAAUAAUAUCACUGGUUUAAUAUGUUGAUCGUUUUCACUCAGCACUGAACGUUUUCUACAACCACCGCCAGGACACUCGGCUGGGUAACCACCACGAAGAUGUGUUAAAGAUGGACAGUUCUUUGUGUGCAGCCUUCAGGAAGGAUAACGUUAACGUUAUUGUGUAAGGCAGCGAGGUCGAAUAACGUACAACUCCUAAAAACUAACGGUAUUUCGGUUUGCCAAAACAGAAGCGUUCUGUCCUCGAGUGUGCAGUUUUGCUUUCUGGCGCAGCUUGUUCAGAGUAACGUUACGCGGGUGCGAACAAAAUGGAGGGUAAUAAGCUGUUAAAUUGCCUGGUGUAACGUUACAUGGACCUGUGCUUAGCUUAAAAUGCUUGUUCGCCAUGGUUUUAAAGGUGAAUGAACUGUUUUCAUGCUAUUUUGCUUGCCAAAAGCCGUGAAGGGAAUUAAGUGAGCUCACUCGUAAAAACAAAACAAAACAAAAAAAACGGAUUUGUAACGUUAACGUUACUUCCAAAAUUUCCAAAGUGUGUCGCAAACUGACGGUAUUGAUUAUGUGCACAAUAAAAACAGGGUGUUCUGUCAUGUGAAACGCUUCACCUGCAGUUUUGUACCAGUAAAAUAUUAAAAGGACGACCAGACACCACAAAAUGACAGACUCUGGGGAUGCAGCAAGUGUUCCCGGCUCCUCCGGCCGGAGCAGCGGGGCUGGGCUGAGUGUCACUGCGGGCAGAGGACUACCAGGCCGGGUCAGGAGUCUGUCCUCCUCUGCUCCACCUGGAAGACUGACGUCCCUGAGAACAAGGGACCUCACACUGGGGGGAGCCCUCAAAAAAACAAAGAAAACCUUUGAGCCAAAUGUCCACGCUGUGAGGAAAAGCAAAGAUGAGUUAAAGGAAAAGGUCCAUGUGUCUCCAAAAAAGGAGAGAAGAGAGAGGGAUGAGAGGAGGAGAGAGAACAGAGGGAGGAGGAGAGAGAGGCCUCAGACCAUCCAGUCUCACUCCAUCUUUGAACAGGGUCCUGCUGACACUGUACGCAAAACAGGCUGGCGUGGCACUACAGACCUGCAUGACUCCACCACCUCUCCUGUCUGUAAACUGGUGAAGAAAGAGAUGAAAGAGUCAGAGGAGGAUGAAGAUGAGAUACUCAGUAAACUACAGAGGGAUAAUUUCAUAGAUGAUCCAGGUCUGAGGAAUGAUGCCAAGCUGAAACCCAUCCAGCUGCCUCUGAGUCAGUCCAGCAGCUUCACCAAGAGUCAGACUCUUACAACCACCACAGCAUGUCCUGAGAAAGCCCCUCUGUUCAGACCGUCCUGUGGAGCUCAGAGUAAAGCAGGCCACUGUAGGACAGAGCUACCCAAACCAGAGCAGCCAUCUCUGGUAGAACUGCUGCAGGACCUCCGCCUGUCUGGCAGAGAGGAGCUCUUCUUCAUGCAGUUGCCUGACUGUAUGCCGAGCAGAGCGUCUGCACAGAAGGUCAACACUGCUCUAGAAUCUAAAGCAGAGAAACCUUCCAAGAAGGAAGGAAAGCCUGAAGCCAAGAGGCCUGCACAUCUACAAGAACAGGAGCCUGCGGUGAAGGACGGCUGUCCUGUGCUGUCACAAUUCCCAGAAGGCUUUUUGGGUAAACUGCAGAUCAGGAAGUCCGGAAAGGUGGAGCUGAAGCUGGGUGACAUUGUCAUGGACGUCUCUGAGGGAGCUGCAUUCUCCUUCUUGCAGCAACUGGUGUCUGUGCGUCUGUCCGACGGUCGGACUGGAGACAUAAUGGUGUUAGGGAAUGUGCACCACAAACUGGUCUUAUCUCCGGACUUCCAGACUUUACUGACACAAGCUGCAACAGAGCAGCAGCAAGGACCCUGAUCAUCAGCUGCACAGAGAGCCAGCAGAGCUGAACUGGAAUAUGGAAUACGUUCCAGUUUCCGUUCUGUAGGAUUGUGUUUUUUCGUUACCACACACACACACACACACACACACACACACACACACACACACACACACACACACACACACACACACACACACACACACACACACACACACACACACACACACAUCACUGUGUAGGGGAAAUGGCUAUUCUCCAGACCUCCGAUUUGAUGCUUCUAAGGCAGCUUUUAUAUAUUUUUAAAAUUCUGUGAAAGCAAUCUGUCAAAGUCGAAAUGAUUUUGUUUUGUGAGGAGACAUGUUGUUGUGUGGUAAAUUUAUGCUAUCAGACUCAAUAUACAUAUAUUAUUAAAUAUAACAAGUAUAUUGUAACCUGAGCACGGACUACCCAUUUACUGAUGGUGACUUCUCACUGAGAAGAGAACGCUCUGUAUAUUUUCACUGUUGUUAUUAGAUGUUUGUGAACCAGCAUGUUUUUCUGCCACCUGGACAUCAUUGACAAUUUUUCAAGUGAAUUAGACUCUUACACAUCAGCUUCAGAGCAACAACAGUUGCCCCGUCCUCACUAAAAAUCCAGAUGUGGCUGACCCCUAGUGGUUGAAUAUGUUACAGUAAGGCAGAGGGUUGGUAUGGAAAGAUCAAGAUUCAAGGCUAUUCAUGGCUCCAAAUCAUAUUCCAUGCUGUUGGCUGCCUCAGGUCCUCAGACACGGACCUGCUGUUUGGAGUGACCUGCUUUGGGGAGCUCAUGCACACUUUGUCAUCAUCUUCCAUUAAAUCACUUUGACUAGUACAAUAAUUAUAAUUUUGAUGUCUGUUAUGCUGGUAUGUUUUAGACAUUGUACAUUGUAAGUUUGUUUAUCUGACGUCUGUUUUACAGUUUUUUAAUGCCUUUAUUUGAUUUCUGAAUCCUUUAUUGUUUAUAUGCAAAGCACUUUUUAAGAUUGGUUAUGAGAGAUGCUAUACUAAUAAACUUUGUUAUAUAAAGGU